AUGUUGAGAAUAAGAAAAAUUGUCGGGCAUCCGAAAUUACAAAGAUUCUGGACGAGAUGGCGGAUUCUUAUGUGGAAAGCCGUACUUAUGCGGCUGCAUAAUCCAAUAACCACUGCACUGGAAAUUAUUAUAGCCAUUAUCUUCUCGCUACAAAUGCGUUUGAUAUUUGAACCGCAUGCUCUUUAUUCGCAGGAUUUGGAUCGAUACAAUCGAGAUGAUAUUCUGGCGAAAUUGCCGAAUGACGUGAACUGCUGGUAUGCACCAAAAAAUGCAUUUAUAGACGAGUUGAUGUCGAAAGCCGCAAAAAUGCUUCGUACGAAUGUUCAAGCAGCCGAUAGCGAGAUCAAUCUCGUGAAUUUGCGUUACACGAAAAAUGACACUUCCAAGGUACUAUGGGCGAUCUUUGAGAUCGAGAAACUUGCAUCUGGUAAACCAAAAGUUUUAAAAUAUAAAAUACGCUCGUCGGAAAUAGGAGAGAAUCGAAUAAUUAUGAUGCACGAGAAAGAACCUGCCCAUAAAGCUACAAAGGCAUUGCUCACGUCAAUUCUGUUUUGGAUUUUUCUGACACACUUUACCAUCGUUCUGGAUCAAUUUUUGAUAGGAGCAACUGUUUUAUGGAAAAUCGGUUCGCUAAUGCUGCCGCAUAGUGGUUUGCUAUACGGACUUGUAGCCUUCACGACCCGAGCGAAUUUCGCUAUGGACGAUGUAACGAUCGAUUUUUAUCAUCAAGAAUUCAGCGUUAUUCUUGGUCACAAUGGCGCCGGCAAAAGCUGUUUGUUAAAGACAAUUAUAGGAAUGUACAAACCAACUCAUGGUCACGUUUACGUAGAAGGAAGAGAUAACGUGGACGAAAGUACCAUGGAUCCGAUUGGUUACUGUCCGCAAGAAAAUAUAUUGAUGAAUGACUUGACAACAAUACAGCAUAUCUACAUAUUUGGCAUGGAUAUAAAAAGGGAGAGGACAAUAUUAAUGGCAACGAAUUCUAUGGAAGCUGCGGAUCUUCUCGCCGAUAGAAUCGCUAUUAUCGCGAACGGAAGGAUCGAAUGUUACGGUUCGAAAAUGUAUCUAAAUCGUCGAUAUGGAAUCGGUUAUGUGCUGAGUUUAUUGGUACAAGAGAAUUGCGAUGUGGAACGAGUUCGCGCGGAAAUACAGGAAUUCUCGGCAAACCCAAUUACUGUGCGAGACAUGAUGGGUUUAGUAAUAAGAUUCGACGUGCCAAGAAGCAGUCGAUUCACUAAAUUGCUCCAACAUUUAGAAUCCAAUAAGGAAGAGUUGGGAAUCGUAUCUGCUGCACUGAGUGCUGCAAGCAUCGAGGGUCAAUUUCUCAGGUAUCAAGUGUUCACUCGCAAACGCUGUAUUAAAAUAGGUUUAGAAAGUCAAUUCAAGGAACGCUGCGUACAAUUACCUAGCAACAAAUAUGAACUCAUUGUGCAACAGAGACGACGGCACUUGUUACAAACAGGUAUGAUAGGAUACUGUCCACAAAUAAACGGACUAAGUGAUUUUAUGACGGGGAGGCAAUAUUUGCAACUUCAUGCAGCGCUACGCGGUGUUCCAUAUGAAUGCAUCAACGACGAAGUAAACACGUGGUUAGAUGGUAUUCUUAAAUAUGAAUUGGAAAGUGGUAUUUCAUACAGUUAUGUAUUUGAUAAACUGGAAAAGUUACGACAAAGAUAUAUGUGGAUCACAGACUUUUCUGUUACUCAACCGUCUAUGGAUGAGGUACUUCUAACUUUAGCGAAGAAACAGAAGAAACUUCGCAUAAAAUUAACACUUUAUGAACGUUUAUAUUCUUGGAUUGCCCGUAAUAUACGUAAGAUAUAA